UAAAUGCAUCCAAAACCUUAAAAUCCAACUAAAUUCUGAUGGACGGUCCGAAUCUGCGAAAACAACCGUCUUUGUCGUCCAAUAACCACCGCAGAUCCCGUUGGGAAUCAUCCACCACCACCGCCAAUAGACACCCUUCCUCCACCUCCGCGAAUAAAAACCCUUCCUCCACAACCGCAGACCCUAAAUCCUCUACCAAGCCCAGCCCUUCCACCAAGACUGGCUCAUCUCCAAGCUCCGCCGCUAAAAAGAAGUUACAGUCCGACCUAAAUCAGCCUCAUCUUCCUUUCCCCUUCCCCGAUCCUGCCGCCCUUGGCCCUCCACCUCCACCGUCGUACGGGUUCCACAUGCUGGAGCGUAGGACAAUUGUCCUUUACGAUGGCAGCGUACGCUCCUACUUUGCACUCCCACCCGAUUAUCAGGACUUUCCUACCCGACCCAUACUUGGACCUCGCGACUUCGGUAGCCCAAUGAUGGGCUUCCGCAAUAAUCGUGAUUAUUGGAAUUCUCCCGGCGAUGGGUCUGGCCCGUUAAAGAGAAAGUACGGCGAAGAAGGAAAAGAUCUUAGAGAGGAGAAAAAGGAGGAACCUGCGGUGCAAAGGUUCGGGCAUGCCAAUGCAAAAGUCUACACUUUGGGGUCUGGAGGGCCAGACUUCCUAGCAGGAACGAGUAGCCCGAAUGAAGAAAUGAGGUCGGCCAAGUAUAUGAGAGUUGGCGGGGGUCUUCAAAACAGUAAUUUGGGGUUUAAUAAUAAGCAUUUGGAAAGCGCUAUAAAAAAGGCGUUUUUGCACUUUGUGAAGGCAGUAUUUGAUAAUGCGGCACAGAAAAAGAAUUACUUGGAGGAUGGGAAACAAGGGCGGCUUCAAUGCUUGGCUUGCGGCAAGUUUAAUGCUAAAUUUAGGUUCUCUAAAGACUUCUCUGAUAUGCAUGGUCUGAUAAUGCACACGUACUACUCAGAUAAUCCUGACUUGCGUGUGGAUCACUUAGGCUUACACAAGGCUCUAUGUGUACUAAUGGGAUGGAACCACUCAAAGCCUCCUGAUAAUUCAAAGGCCUAUCAGUUCUUACCUGCAGAUGAAGCAGCCUCAAACCAAGAGGAUUUGAUUAUGUGGCCUCCUAUGGUGAUAGUACAUAAUACUAUAACAGGAAAGGGGAAAGAUGGGCGCGUGGAAGGUAUGGGAAACAAAGCAAUGGAUAGCAAACUAAGAGACCUUGGAUUUGGAAGUGGCAAGUGCAAGUCCAUGUAUGGUAGAGAAGGUCAUCUAGGUAUUACACUGGCCAAGUUUGCGAGUGAUCAGUCAGGCCUGAAUGAUGCCAUCAAUCUUGCUGAAUACUUUGAGAAGGAAAACCGUGGUCGCAAGGCUUGGUCCCGUCUACAGCCAUUGACUUUAGGGAAGGAGGAGGAUGAUAAAAAUCCAAACCUCGUGAAGGUGGAUGAGAGGACUGGAGAAAGAAAAAGGAUCUUUUACGGCUACCUAGGAACAGUUGCUGAUAUGGAGAAGGUUGAUUUUGAAACGCGGAACAAGGUCGUGAUCGAGAGUCGGAGAGAGCCUAAAGGAACCAGAUAGUUGGCUCUGGCUUAACAUUGCAAAGGUACUGUAAUGUAUUCUGAAUUGUAGUUGUUUGAACUUGGCAAUAACUGGUCCGUAGAUAUCUGAUAUUGCCAUUUCAUGGUAUUGGAAAAUGAAUUUUAUUUCAUUGAUGAAA